AUGCAUUCACAUCACUCGCAUUCUGGCGAGUUUUGCAAGCAUGCUAAGUCGACGUUAGAUGAGGUUUUGGAACAGGCGUACAAACUGAAGUUUUCACACUUUCAUUUAUCUGAGCAUGUGCCACGGGCAAAGCCAGAAGAGUUGUACCCUGAAGAAAUUGAAGCAGGUCUUACUCCAGAUGGCUUGGUGUCUCAGUUUCAAGACUACCUGGCCAAAGCACGCGUCAAGCAACGCGAAUAUACCGAGAAAAGCCCAUCCAUGACUGUACUAGUUGGGUGUGAGACGGAGAAUAUUGUCUCACCGGAUACGCUUGAUUAUUUGGUCACUUUGCUCGGUCCUAGCAAUAGUAAAUCGCUACCUCCUUCUUAUGUCGGACUUGGUACCGUUGACUACAUUGUUGGUUCUGUGCAUCAUACCCAUGGUAUCCCUAUUGACUUUGAUAAGCCUACAUAUGAAAAGGCGGUAUCUUCCCGCGAUGGCGGGCGUGUGGCGCUGCUUCUCUCUUACCUUGAUGCCCAAUUUGAGGUCCUGCAACGACUUCGCCCAGAGGUUAUUGGCCACAUGGAUUUAUACCGCUUGUUUGAGCCCACGGAGACGUGGUACCCAGAUGUGGAUUCUGUGGAUGGCGCCUUAAUUCAUGAGAAGCUCCGCAGGAAUAUCGCGUUUGCAGCCAGUUAUGGCGCUUUGUUUGAAGCGAAUUCUGCGGCCUUUCGGAAAGGAUGGAACGGUGAAACGUACCCUGGCCGCGAUAUACUUUGUCUCAUUCUUCAGGCGCACGGGCGUAUAGCUCUAUCUGAUGACUCGCAUGGCGUUGCACAGGUUGGUUUAAAUUUCGCUAGACUACGGACGUAUUUAAUGGAGAUGGGUGUGACGACUGUGUGGUGUCUCACACGAGGGACCAGCAAGAACGAAUCUAUCGAGGAGGCACACCACUCCUUUGAGAAAGAAGAACAAGCUAGAUUGAUACGUGAAGUGUCUUCCGCACCCGGUGAUGGCGCCCCAGACCGAUUUCCUAGAGGUACGCGCGCUAUUCCUAUGCGCGAGUGGGCCUCGGAUCCAUUUUGGGACGCGUUGCCGGCUGGCUUACAAACGGCGGCUCCAUAG